AUGGCUCCCAAGCAUGACAAGGCCGAAGAGGCCACCGUCUCCAUCAAUGUUGACGAGCUUAGAAACUCGAAAGACUCGAUGCUCAUGCGUCUUAUGGACCUGCAAUCCUACGUCGCCGACCUGAGCAAAGCCUACCUCGAACAUGCGAACAGCGUGAUCAACGGUGGCCCUGCCACCAUCGAUAUUCCACCCAUGCACGCCGGCAUUGGCGCCCACCUUGACUACGGUACCCGCGCCAGCAGCCCCGCAGCCAAGUCCGAGGCCGGUGGCCAGAAGAAGCGCAAGCGCGCGCCCCCUGACCCCAACGCGCCCAAGCGUGCCCUGACCCCGUACUUCCUGUACAUGCAGCACAACCGCGCCCAGAUCAAGCAAGACCUGGGUAACAACUCGCGUCCCAAGGACGUCGCUGACGAGGGUACUCGGCGCUGGUCGACCAUGGAGCCGGUGCAGAAGGAGGUCUGGAAGAAGCUGUACGCGGACAACCUGGAGAAGUACCGACGCGAAAUGGAGGCAUACAAGGCCAAGAAGGCCGGCGAGGAGGACAACGACCCGGCCGCCAGCCAGAUCCAGCAGGACUUUGCGGGCGCGGAGAACUCGCGCGACUCGGAAUCCGAGGAUGAGGACGAGGACGAGGAUGAAGACGACACCAAGCGCCGUCGCAGUGAGGGCAAGGCUGCCGCCAAGGAGGUUGCCGAGUCGCCCGUCAAGCAGCCAUCUCCCCAGAAGAAGGGCAAGGGAAAGAACGUUGAGCCCGUGUCGGCCACCAAGGCCAAGGCACCUGCGGAACCCAAGGGUAAGGGCAAAAAGCGCAAGAGCCAGGGCUAA